AUGGCUGUCGAUAGGCUUGAUGAAAUUCGUUUUCUUUUCUUCGCUUUGUUUUCCUGUCUCCCGCUUUACCAUUGCUUUACUCCGGAUCGUAAACCAAAGGAAGAGUUCAGCUCCAGGGAACAUUUGCACAAGGAAAACAUCCAAGUCCUCCUCGACCGCAGACCUGUACCGGGAGAACAAUUCGCCCUCAUUACCGUCAAAUUCCAAAUCCAGCUCAACACCAUCACCCUGAAACAUCUGUCCUUCGACCCUGAAACAAACAACCCCCAAACAAGAGAUCAUCCAUGCCCGCGCCUCACCCGCUGGCCAAAGAGACUAAACUGGGCCUUUCCGACUCCUUCAGUCCCUCCGACAUAA